AUGAACUCUUCUCCAACUGGAAACAACUGUCAAGUGGAGAACGUUUCUGCGCCUAACAGAUAUAUCGAGGAGGGCAACGCAAGUCCAAUUGACGAUUCCAUCGCAGUGCUGGUUGAUCAGAGGAGGGUGCCGAGCCCCAAUCCUACGGUGCUUGAUGACAAUAUUGCCGACAAUGCCAGUCGAGGCUUCCCGGGUCCAUACUAUCUACUACCCGAAGAAUCAGGUCCUCUCCACUUUCACUCAAGGGAACAAGCACAACAGGAAAACCUAAUUACCAUACUCGACCAAGUUCUUGCUGUUCUUGAGACGGAUGAUUUCUUGGUGGAUGCGGGAGAAUCCGAAUACUAUCCAUCUGAGCCCGGUUCGUCUCUCACUACCAAUGAGCCAAUGCAGUAA